AUGUUGCUUUACACUAAUGGGAUUAUUGGCAAUUCUAAUUAUUUAUUUACUUAUUGCUUUCUUUUUGUUCAUCGACAGCAAGUAAUAGAUGGAGAAAAGUCCGGUGUGUUUUGUAGACAGACAAACACUAGUAAUAUAAAUGAUUCUGUAUUCCUUAGUCCAUCGAAUAACAACAGUAUGAACAAUAUUCGCCGUGGUAUCGAUGAUGCUAACAAUAAAACAACUGGAACAAUGAACAGAACUCCGAAUAGAGACAUGGGUGGAUUAAAGCCGCCAUCAUUAAAUACUGGAAUAGAUUCUGGCAAUAAUAUGCUUACAGACAAACCAGUAGGUAGUAGCAUUGGCAGACAUAAUUCAAUGCGAUCGUUGGCUGCAUCUAAUCGACCAACAAGUCUAUCAAGAACAGCAAGUGUAAGUUGA